AGCUUUCUCUGAUCUCAGCAUAUUUGUGCAGAAACCACUUCUACACUCAGCAUAGUGUAUAUUCUCUUCUACUCAUUAUUGAGUCUACUUGUACAAGAUGGUAGCCAAGAAGGCAACAAAGAAGUUCAACAAGAACCACCUGAAACACACGCUCGAGCAGCGGAAAACGGUUCAGGCAUUCAAGAAGAAAAUUUCAAAGGGCCACAAGAAGCCCAAGCACCGCGCCGACGAGGAAAGCUAUGUUGGCAAAGACGCGAGCGAGAAGAAGGCUACUCGCAAGAGCUCUGAGCCUGCCCUUGGAGACAAGAAUGCGUCUGAGUUGUUUGCGACUGGAAUCGAGGACGACGUCGAGGAUGCGUUGAAGACUGCUUCUGGUAGUAAAAAGUCAAGGGCCGCUGUUGAGGAUGAUGCGGGCGACUUUACUCAGUUUUUGGAUCAGGAAGAUCAGGAUCUUUUGCAGGACGGUGAUGACAGCGAAGACGACGACGGGCAGGAACCAGAGGACGAGGAGUUGCUUGCUGGUGAGGAUUCCGACGACGAAACCGAGAAGCCUGCGAAGAAGUCCAAGAAAGCCGCCGCAGCUGCAGCUGAUGAUGAUGACGAUAGUCAGGAGCUUACGCGUGCGGACGUUGCGCGCUGGAGAAAAGCGCUUGACGAGGAGUAUUCGUUACGAGCGCUCAAGCGGGUCGCUAUUGCCUUCCGCGCUGCGGUCCAUGUUGGUCAGGACGAUAAUUCUGCUCAGAAAUUCAAGUACACAAUCACCGAUCCUCAGGUGUACAACGAUGUCAUUAUGCUCACUCUCACUCGGCUUCCAAAUGUGCUCCAGCACCACAUUCCAAUCACCGAAUCACCUGCCGGUCGCAAAUCGGCGGGCCGAAAAUCAGUCCCGCUCAACAGCAAGAAAUAUCAGCAACUGUCGCCGAUCCUGAAGUCUCUGUCUGGAAACUUGCUGGUUUUGAUGUCUGGACUGACAGACUCGAAGACCAUGGCAGCAGUGUUGACUGCUGGUGACCAGCUUCUGCCGUAUUUUGUCGGAUUCAAGAAGUUUGUGAAGGAGUUCAUCAAGGCGGUGGUCGAUAUCUGGAGCACGGCUACCGAUGAAGGUACGCGGUUGAUGGCGUGGGCGGUUAUCCGCUCUGCUGCGGAGUCGGACAAGAGCAUGCUCGAGCUUUGCUUGAAGACGUCGUAUGCGGGCAUGGUGAAAAACUGCCGUCAUACUAGUGUGCACACGAUGCCAAUGAUUCUGUUUAUGAAGAAUACGGCGGCUACCUUGUACUCGCUUGAUCCGGAGACGACUUAUCAGACUGCGUUUGAUUUCAUUCGCCAGCUUGCUAUCCAUUUGCGCAACAGCGUUGUGCACAAGACUAAGGAUUCCUACAAGUCUGUGUACAACUGGCAGUACAUCCACUCGCUCGAUUUCUGGAGACGUGUGUUGUCGCUGCAGUGUGAUGUCGAUAAGGAGGCUAGCGAUGGAAAGGAGAGCCAUAUGCGACCACUCAUCUAUCCCCUGGUUCAGGUGAUGCUCGGAGCCAUGAGAUUGAUUCCGGCGGCGCAAUAUUUUCCUCUGCGGUUUAUGCUGUUUCACUCUCUGCUUGACCUUUCGCGUGACACUGAUGUGUACAUCCCUCUGAUGCCCGCUAUUACGGAGCUGUUGACGUCGACGACGGUUACAAAGUCUGGAAAGCCGUCUACUCUGCGUCCGUUUGACUUUGAGCACAACAUCCGGGCAAACACUGCGUACCUUGGUACGCGAAUCUAUCAGACCGGCGUGUGCGAGCAGAUUGUGGAAUGUGUAGCAGAGUUCUUUGGACUUCAUGCGAAGAGCAUUGCGUUCCCCGAGCUUGCGGUGCCGUGCGUGCUGACGUUGAAGCGGUACGCUCGUCGUCGCGACCGGAUGAGUUCGUUGGCUGACAAGUCCGGCCGAAAGGGCGGCAAGUCGCAUCAAGAGAAUUACAGGUUCCACAAGCAACUGCUUGAGGUGGUUGAGAAGAUUGAGGCCAACAGCAAGUACAUUGAGGAGAAGCGGAAGAAUGUUGAGUUUUCGCCUACGAGUUUUGAGAUGGUUGACGCGUUUUUGAAAGAUAUCGAGUGGGAAAGCACUCCGCUGGGACAGUAUCUGACGGUGCAGCGAGAGGUGCGGGAGGAGAAGAUGCGGAUUUUGAGAGAGAGUUUGAAGCAUGAGAAGGAGGAUGGAGAGGGACGGGGUGAUAACGAGGAGGACGUGUUUGAGGACGAGGAGGAUGAUGAGGAUAUAGAUGAUGAGGCUAUGCCUGAUGCGCCGGAUAGCGAUUAGAAAGAGAGAGUAUAAAGUGUCUGAUAAGUGAGUAAUAUAAAAG